CCGAAGGAAAUGAGACAACCUUUUCCUCCCACGGACUCAGACUCCUCUAGAGUGUGCUGGGCUGGAGGAGUCCGGAGGCUGGGAGUGCGCGUUCCUCGCACAGCCCUGUCUUGGGAGGGCCGCCCCAAAUUGCUCUCUGGCGCGCGAGUGCCCCAGCCACAGGGCACAGCGGCACUUUGGCGUGCCCUUGCCUAGGUGAUCUGAUCCCCUCCAGGCCCCUCCAGCCCCCGGCUCGGUCCCCGGAAGUACGCGCCUGCGAUCCCAGAGAAGGAGAAGAGAGGGCGGGGCUACGCUGAGCCUGAAGAAGUGUCCAGGGACUCCUCUCCGAUGCCACAUGAAGCUGCCCCUCAGUCCCAGCGCGGAGCCAGUGGCCACGGAGCCCUUGGGGAUGGCGUUGCUCAGCAGCCUGCUGGCAGCCUGGUCCUAUAUCUCAGAAAACCCUGAGCGAGCCGCUCUGUACUUUGUCUCUGGCGUGUGCAUCGGCCUGUUCCUGACCUUGGCCGCCUUGGUGAUGAGGAUCUCCUGCUACACGGAUUGCCAGCGGGGUCCCAGGAGGAGGUGCUUGCAGGAUGGAGAGAGCAGCAGUGACAGCAGCGACAGCGAGGAUGGUAGCGAGGACACUGCGUCUGACCUCUCUGUGCGCAGACACCGACGCUUCGAGAGGACUUUGAACAAGAAUGUGUUCACCUCUGCAGAGGAGUUGGAGCGGGCACAGCGGUUGGAGGAGCGAGAACGAAUCAUCAGGGAGAUCUGGAUGAACGGGCAGCCUGAGGUGCCGGGCACCAGGAGCCUGAACCGCUACUAUUAGGGCUCGAACCUCUACAGACCACCAGGAGAAGAGAGUUGGUGCUGCAGUUGGGUGCAGGAGCUGAAGCCAGCUCUGUUAAUGUGGCUGGAGAGUGCAUAGCCAGUCUGCUUUCCCAUGGGGGCCUGCUUUAGAUUCUUGCCUCUGGAGAAAUAGACAACCCAGGCAGGGGCAUCUGCCAUUUCAGGUCUUGACACCCACCUGGGUACACCAGCCCAAUGCUUCCAAGUCUUGGAAAGGUGCUGAGAAUUUCCUCUCCAACCACAUGACAGUGAUGUGAUGAGCUGAAAGUCCUUCUGAAGCGCUCAGAAGUUUGGGCAGACUUAUCCUAUGCUAAUUCCUUUACAAAAGGAAAAAAAUUUCUCAUAGCUGGGGCAUCAGGGUGACCGUAACCUAGAAAAUGUAAUUUUCUAAAGGACUCUGUGUAGAGGAAAUGGUUUUGAUUGAGAUAGCAUGAUCCAUGCUAAUUAUUUAAAGCUAAUUUUUAAAACGGGAAAAAAAUCUUGUCAACCUCUGCAUUUUUACUGACACCUCAGGGAUUAAAAUCCUAUUUUUUAGUCUAGUUCCCGCCUCAUUCAUGAAGAUGAACAGAACUUACUGUAUUAUGAGAUGUAUUGGAGAUUUAGGAUACUUCAAUAACCUCAAAGGAUAAAAGGUUUAUUUUUUAGUAGUUUAUAAAAUAUAUAUUGACAUAUGUAUUUGAAAAUGCUGCAUAAAAAUAGAAACCGUGUGUCCUUCCCUUUUGGAGAGAAAAGUCUCAUGACUUAAAAACUCAUGAUAUUUAAAUAAUAUUUUGUUUCAAAAAAUAGUUUGGAUUUCCAAGAUAAGAAUGGAAACCAGAGGUGAGAAUUAAAUCCAAAAUUAAAAUGGUAUCGAAAAUAAACAUUCCAUGAAAAUCUU